AUGGAAUUUGAAGCUAAAUCUGCUCGGGAUGGUGCAUGGUAUGAUGUUGCAACUUUCUUAUCACAUAGAUCUUUAGAGACUGGUGAUCCGGAAGUUCUGGUUCGUUUUUCGGGUUUUGGACCAGAAGAGGAUGAAUGGGUCAAUGUUCUCAAGAAUGUGAGACAACGGUCACUCCCAUGUGAAUCAUCGGAGUGUGCAGCAGUUCUUCAAGGAGAUUUGAUUCUUUGCUUUCAGGAAGGCAAAGAGCAGGCCCUCUACUUCGAUGCACGUGUUCUUGAUGCACAAAGGCGGAGGCAUGAUGUAAGAGGAUGUCGUUGUAGAUUUCUGGUGCGAUAUGAGCACGAUCAGUCUGAGGAAAUUGUUCCGCUGAGGAAGAUUUGCCGUCGGCCUGAAACUGAUUACAGGUUGCAGCAAAUUCAUUCUGGAUCUACUGCAUCUAUGAAUGCACAAAAAACAGGUGAAUCUGAAGCACCGCCAGCGAAAAUUGCCUAG